GGUCAGAAAUGCCUUCGCAGAUGGCUUGGUCUGAGCCUGCACCAAGCUAUGGCUAUGGCCAGGCCUAUCCCGACAGCGGCUUCAACGCAGAGAUUCCUCAGUCAGCUAUGCCAGAGAUCCAGACCAGCAUGGCUUGGGAGGGUGGCGAGGGCUCAAUGGAGGGACAGCAAACCUAUGGUGACACCUAUGGUGCGGAGAUGUCUCCGUAUGGAGAGGUACACUGGGCGCAGCAGGGAGUGGAAGGUGAAGCAGGCUUUUCACCCGGUUGGUCGGAGGCAGCACCACAGGUGAAAGAGAAGAAGAAAAAGAAGCACCGCGAUAAGAAGAUGAAGAAGGAGGAAGAACAUGCCAUGGAUGACUUUUCCAGUGUCUCCUCUACACCCACGGCCGAUGCCUGGGGUGGAGAGAUCGCCACAGCCGCCACAGCCGCGACAGCUAGUGGUGGGGGCGAUGGCAACAUCGAUGCGCAGGUGAAGAUGUUGAAAGACAUGGGAUUCGCUGAUGAGAAUCGUGUGAGAGUGGUGCUGGAGGCCGUGGGAAACGACGUGGAAAAGGCUGUGCCCGUGCUUCUCUCCGAGCACUGACAGACUGAGUCGCGGACUCUACACAGAAAGCGGCCACAAAACAAGGGGCGGAGGACCUUGC